AUGGCGCGCACCGGGUGUCGCUGCAGCAGCGAGCUGUCGCGGUCCGCCUCCUCCAUCGCCGCCGACACAGCAAGGGGGUAUCACAUUCUCAGGAUCGACGACUACUCGCUCACCAAGGGUACACCCACCGGAGAGCACCUCAAGUCUCACCCUUUCACCGUCGGUGGCCACCACUGGAGAAAUCACUACUACCCCAACGAAUUAAAAUCGGAGCACGCGGAUUUCAUCUCCAUUUACCUUCAACACGACGGGAGUGUCGCCAGUUUGGUGAAGGCGCGGUACAAGUUCCGUCUUGUCGACAACGUCGGGGAGGAGCCGGGUAGAGCUGGAGAAAUCGAAGCCGUCCGGUGCGACAUCGUCGUUGUCAACGAGUUCCGCGCCAUGGUAGAGACGGCCCCUCCAAGGUUCGUCUCCGUGCCCCCGUCUGACCUGCACCAGGAUCUUGGCGACCUCCUUCUGAGCGAGAAGGGCGCUGACGUGGUCUUCGAUGUGGGUGGGCAAAUGUUCGCGGCACACCGGUGCGUGCUCGCCGCCCGGUCACCAGUCUUCAGUGCAGAGCUCUUUGGCACAAUGAAGGAGAGCAACACGACGGACGUUGUCCGUGUAGACGACUUGGAGGCUCGGGUCUUCAAGGCUUUGCUCUACUUUGUGUACACUGAUUCAUUACCCACCAAGACAGAGGAAGCAGAAAAAGGGGAAGGGGAAGGGGAAGAGGACAACAUUAUGUCCCAGCACUUGCUUGUUGCAGCUGAUAGAUACAACUUGGAGAGGCUCAAGUUGAUCUGUGAAGAGAAACUGUGUGGGUAUAUUGAUGUGGGCACAGUAGCCACUAUCCUGACGCUAGCUGAGCGACACAACUGCCACGGGCUAAAGAAGGCUUGCUUCGAUUUUCUCAGCGUCCCUGAAAAUAUGAGGACAGCCAUGGCCACUGAUGACUUCAAGCAUCUAAGCAGAAGCUGCCCAGCUGUCAUGAUGGAGUUGAUUGAUUAUCCGGAAUUAGCCGGAGAGAGGGCAUCUGCGGAAGGUAUCCCUGCCGGAGUGCCCAUCAAGUCCAGCCCUUUCUCCGUCGGCGGCCACCGCUGGCGAAUUUCCUUCUUCCCCAAUGGCGACCGCACCGCUAGCACGGGUUACAUAGCCCUCUUCCUCUUCCUCGAGUUCGCUUUCAUGGGGGAGGAGCGAGCUUCCUUCUUCCGGAACCGGAAGAGAACGGAUGAGAAGGUGAGGGCGUUACCGGCGGUGGUAACGAGCUUUGGUAGCCGUACUGGUCGCCGGUCUUCAGGGUUACUCCACAGGAACACCUUGGACUACUAUGUCAGCAAGCGCGGCUCCCUCACGGUCCGCUGCGACAUCGUCGUCUUCGACGAGUUCCUUGCCGAGGAGCCGGUCACUCCGACCACCUUCUUGUCCGUGCCCCUGUCCGACCUGCACCGGCACCUCGGCGACCUCCUCAAGACAGAGAAGGUCGCCGAUGUGGUGUUCCAGGUCGGCCGGGAGACGUUCGCCGCGCACCACGCUGAGCUCUUUGGCGCCAUGAAGGAGAGCUGCACCCUGGCAAAUGUCGUUCAAGUUGACGAAAUGGAGGCGCCGGUGUUCAAGGCGCUACUCUGCUUCUUGUACACCGACUCGUUGCCAGAGAUGAGACAGGAAGAUGAAGAUGUCAUGUAUCAGCACCUGCUUGUUGCGGUGGACAGGUAUGACAUGGAAAGGCUCAAGUUGAUGUGUGAGGAUAAGCUGUGCGAGUACAUUGAUGUGGGUAAUGCCGCCACCAUCCUGACACUAGCUGAGCAGCACCACUGCCACGGACUGAAGAAAGCAUGCUUCAGUUUUCUUAGCAAUCCGGCAAAUCUGAGGGCGGCAAUGGCCAGUGAUGGUUUCAAGCAUCUAAGCAGAAGCUGCCCAUCCAUCGAGAAGGAUCUGAUGUCUAUGCUCGAAUCGUCCAUACAAAAAACAACCGUAAGAUGGAAAACAAAUUUAAAAAUAAUUAGAGAGCUGGGUUCCAAAGGAAAUAGAUGCAAUCCACUCUUGCUUGAUGAAUUUCAUUGGGAAAAUGAAUGGGUCAAUGAAAAUUAUGAACCAGAACCAGUUCAGAAAGGUGGUGGUGAUGCUAUGACUUUGGCUGUUGUGGAUGAGGCUAUUGGUGCAACUCAGGGUCUAGAGGGACGCAACUUGCCUAGGGCUGCUGCUACUAGUGCUGCUGUUGCUGCCCUUGUGAGGCGUACUUAUGCUAGGAACAGGAAGCGUCCAAGGAACACAGUGACUUAA